UUAGUCAAGCUGGAUCUAGACGAAAGUGCAGCGAUUGUCGCUUUCAGUGUGUUUUACAAUGUUUUAUGUUCAUUCAAAGGUAAAAUGUGACUCAAGUUAUUAGCGUUGUGAUUCCUUUACAUCCGGCGUGUGUUUAAUUACAAGACGAAAAGUAAUCAUCGUGCUUUUAGGGAGUUAGCUUGAAUUUGAAUUACUGCUAACUUUAUGUUGACUUUCCGCCUUUUUUAUGUCGAUGAACAAGAUGAGAAAUAAAUGGCGACAUUUUCUUUCGUUUAACGUUUAAAUUCCCACAACUCUCUGCUUUCAAGCUCUUACGUGUGCACUUUAGCUUUCGUUUAGGUAAACUAGGCGUUGAACAUGUCAAAAAGAAGAAGUGGCCCUGUCACUGAAAACCCAAACAAACGAGUCAGAGCUGAAGAGGUCGACGAGGAGGAUGAGGAUGGAAACACUGCAGCUUCACUACAACAGGUCCAUUCCGGUGGUGAUGUCUUGAGUGACACAGGCAUUGUGAAGAGCAUCACAUUAAAGAACUUCAUGUGCCACUCCCUCCUUGGCCCCUUCGCAUUUGGUUCCAAUGUCAACUUUGUUGUUGGUAACAAUGGAAGUGGAAAGAGUGCCAUUCUGACAGCUCUCAUAGUUGCUUUGGGAGGGAAUGCACAGACUACAAACAGAGGAUUAUCCCUGAAGGGUUUUGUGAAGGAAGGAGAGAGUUCAGCCGAUGUGUCAAUAACCCUGCACAAUAAAGGACGAGAUGCUUACAGGCCUGAAGUGUAUGGUCAAGUCAUCACUGUUGAUUUGAGAAUAACCCGUGACGGGUUAAGAACCUACAAACUGAGGGGAAAAUCAGGUCAAGUGAUCUCAACCAAAAAAGAAGAGCUCCUGUCAAUUCUGGAUAGUUUUAAUAUUCAGGUUAACAAUCCGGUGUCAGUUCUCACCCAGGAGAUGAGCAAACACUUCCUGCACUCCAAAGGAGAGGGGGACAAAUAUAAGUUUUUUAUGAAAGCUACCCAGUUGGAGCAGAUGAGAGAAGACUUCAUCCACAUCAAAUCAACUAAGAACGUCACGGAGGAGAAAGUGGAGCAGUACAGUGAAUGCUUGAAAGAUCUGAAGCGGAAGUAUCUGGAGAAAGAGGACCGCUACAAGAGCCUGGGGUCCAUGGAUGAAAUGCACACUAAACUGGAGGAACUGCAGAAGCAGAUGGCCUGGGCCCUGGUGUCUGAGAUGGAGACAGAGCUGCAGCCACUGAAGGAUAAACUGCAGUCCGACAGACGAGCUACAGGGAAAUAUGACGAGAAGGUGGAAGAAUGGAAGAAUAAGGUAGCAGAGGCUGAGAGGAGGAACAAGGAGGUCCAGGAACAGUUGGAAGGUAUCACAAAGCAGGUCCAGGAGCUUGUGCCCAAAUGUGGUCAACUGAAGAAGGAAGCCCAGACACGCAGUAGUCUCCACAAGUCAAGUGAGGUCAAGGUUCACAGAUGUAAGGCUAACCUGAGGGACUUGGAAAAAGACAAGACUCAACUCAUCACAAGAAUAAAUGACCUAAAGCUGAGCAUCAGCCAGAUUGCAGGAGCAGAGAGCCAGGCGAGGAUAGAGCGUAUGCAGCAGAUAGAGUCUGAGAUUGAAAAUCUGAGACACCACAUCGCUACUCAGGGCCAACAGAUUGACCAGUAUCAGAAUGCCUGUAACCGUGGCAAGGAGGAGUACGGAAAGAUGAGGCGAGAGCAAGACGACCUCUUUAAGUCAAUUGAGGCGAACAGAAGACGCCUGCAGACGAUGGAGAGCAGUCGCUCCAAUCGUCUGCGGCGUUUUGGAGAACACAUGCCUGCACUGCUCGACUCUAUAGAAGAAGCUUAUGGAAAGAGCCGGUUCAAACAAAAACCCAGAGGACCUAUCGGUUAUUGCAUUAGGCUGAAGGACCCAGAGCUGGCUCUAGCUGUAGAAGUAUGUCUUAAAAGUCUGCUGCAGGCCUUUAUAUGUGACAACUAUGAGGAUGAGAAGGUGCUGCAGGAGCUGAUGUCCAGGGCCUUCAGAUCAGGUCGCAGGCCCACCAUCAUUACGAGUCAGUUCAUCCUACAUAUCCAUAAUACACGCAUGAGGGCUGUCAACCACCCUGAAUACCCCUCUGUGCUGCAAGCUUUGGAAAUUGAUGAUCCAAUUGUGGCAAACUGCCUGAUUGACCAACGAGGUGUAGAGAGCAUUUUCCUCAUUAAGAAUCGAACGGAGGCUCGCGGCGUGAUGGCGAAUCCUCCUCGUAAUUGUACCCAAGCUUUUUCCGCUGACGGAGAUCAGAUCUUCAGUAAUCGGAGCUACGCUGCAGAUCAAACCAGAGCCAACUACCUUUCUGGAGAUGUUGAGGCAGAGAUCAGACACCUGCAGGGGGAGCUAGAGAACCAAAAAGCUCAGGCAGCUCGCUUCCAGCAACAAAUGAAGAAACUGGAGGAUGAUCAGAGACAAAAUGAUGGGCUGCUACGGCGAGCCGUUGGGGAACAGAGGAACACAAAAGAUAAGGCCACAAAGCUACAAUUGGAGCUGACAGACCUACAGAAUGUGGAAGAGCCCCAGUCAGAAGACCUGCAACCUCUGGAGGAGGAACUUCAGGAGAUUGUCGCAAAGAUCUCAUCCAAACGUGCAGAGUUUGAAGAAGCACGUGCUCACAUGGCUGAGCUCAAGGCCUCGUAUGAGGAGGCAGAACAAGAAUACAGACAGCACAAAGACAGGAUGAGUGCCAUCGCUGAAGAGGCGGAGUCAGUCAAGGAAGAGCUGACCAAGAAUUUCCAGGAGGUGGAUAGAUGCAAGCAUCAUAAAGCACAAUAUGACAACAAACGUAAUGCACAUCUCCAUAACAUCGAUACCCUUGAAGCCAACCUGAAAGCCAAGGAGCAGGAACUUCAGGCGUCUGUGGCCAAGGCCAGUAGCAUCUGCCCAGAGCGCUUGGAAGUACGUCGGACAGCGAAAAGCCUGGACAGUGAGAUAAAUCGGCUGAAGAUAAAGAUCACUACUCAGCAGGACCAACAGGGUGACCGCGAGGAGAUCAUUCGCCAGUACCAUGAGGCGCUGGAGAGCUAUAAGAGCAUGAAUCAGCAAAUCAAGAGCCUCAGAAAAUUCACGGCAAAACUGGACAGUGUGAUGACUCACAGACUGCAGGUUUAUGCUGACCUCAGGAGGCUGCUCUCAGUCCGCUGUAAAUACUACUUCAACAACAUGCUGGGUCAGAGAGGCUACACUGGAAAAAUGAUCUUUGACCAUAAGAGUGAAACCCUCACCAUCUCUGUGCAGCCAGGUCAGGGAGGCCAGGCUGACCUGAAUGACACGCGCUCCCUCUCAGGGGGCGAGCGCUCCUUUUCCACCGUGUGCUUCGUUCUCUCUCUUUGGGCCAUCACAGAGGCGCCUUUCCGCUGCCUUGAUGAGUUCGACGUUUUCAUGGACAUGGUGAACCGGAGGAUCUCGAUGGACAUGAUGUUGAGAGUUGCUGACAGCCAGCGCUAUAGACAGUUCAUAUUCCUCACUCCUCAGAGCAUGAGCUCUCUUCCUGUGAGUGACAUCAUUCACAUCUUGCGUCUGAAAGAUCCAGACCGCGGCCAAAACGUCACCUCGAGCCAAAGAAAUCAAACCGGCGAUGAAGAGUAGGACUGUUGGCUCCGAAAAACAACAACAACAAAAAAAAAACGAGGUAAUGAGGACACAAAAAGGUCCU